AUGGAUGCCACCCUAGGUAUUUUGGACAUCGAUGCGAGAGAGAUCAACGAUGUUGCCCCGCCAAAGCCUCGCGCAGCAUCGACGGGCUUCCCCGCGAGCAAGAAGCGAGUGUCAGCCUUCAAGAAACAGUCACAGGGAAAUCCAUCCACUGCUUCACCUGUUCCCACAUCUGGAAACUCUCCGGCUCAGACAUCAACUCCCAGGAGAGAUGCAAAGGUGGACGAGCGACGAGGGAUUGAUGAAGAGAACAAAGCCGUCCUCGACUCCAUGACGCCCGAAGAGAUUGCACAAGCGCAAAGGGACCUAAUCAGCGGGACAAAUCCCAGACUUCUCCAAAUGCUGUUGAGGCGCGCAAACCUAGACGAGCCGACCGGGCCGUCACCAUUCGAUGUGGCGGCCCCCGAGAGCCUACCAACCCCGAAUCCCCCUGCACCACCACCACCAUCUACGAAACCGCGACAAGUCACGAUCGAGGACGUUCCCGAAGAGAUCCACGAAACCAGACCCAAACCAACUCCCGUAAGCAACAAUAAUAACGUGCUUAAAAAACCCGUCGUCGACUUCGACGAAGACGCCGAGCCACCCGUGCCGCCCCCCAACCUCUUCCCAGUGACCUCUAUCGGUCGGCUCAAACGCGCAGCCCCCAAACCCGCACCACCCACACCCCCAGCCACGGCCACCGCCAUCACCAACGACACAAACAACAACCCCCUCGCCGCCGACAUACCCCACAACACACACUUCCCGCCCGCGCCCACCGUCCCCGACCUCGACCCCUCCGACCCCAACUUCCUCGAAAACAUGCACCAAAAGUUCUUCCCCACCCUCCCCGCGGACCCCUCCAAGCUCGCGUGGAUGGCGCCCCUCCCCACCCCGGACUCGGCCGCCGACCGCGAGUCGCCCUACUACCCGGGGCAGGACUCGCUGCCCGUGUCGGCGCUGCGCUUCGACUUCCGCGGCGCGCUGGUGCCGCCGCGCGCCAGCCGCCUGAUCCCCGUGUCCAAGGGGCUGCACCACCACGGCGAGGCCCCCGAGGCCGCCGGGUACACGGUGCUGGAGCUGGCCCGCCUGGCCCGCUCGGCCGUCGCGUCGCAGCGCUGUCUGGCGUAUCAGACGCUGGGGCGGGUAUUGUAUCGGUUGGGGAAGGGGGAGUGGGGGCAAGGGGUGGGUGGCAGGGGCGGGGAGGAGGAUGAUCUCGCGUUUGGGUUGUGGAGGUGUUUAAAGGAGGGGAGGGUGCUGGAGAGUUUGGAGGAGGAGGCUGGGUUGCCCGAGUGGAAGGGCCAUAUGAGCAGUAAGGCUUAUGCGACGGAGGCGUUGUGGUUGUUUGAGAAGGGCGGGUGGAAGGAAAAGUGGAGGGGGAUGUAG